AUGGCGGAGCUCACGGCGCUGCUCUGCCUGAUAUGGGCAGCGACUCUCCUCUACGGCGAGAUGUUCGCCUACUGGAGGCCCUCUCUCUCGUCCUGCUCGUGGCCGCAACUCAAUCGCACUUCUUCCUCCACAGCCGACCCCGAUUAUGUCAAAGUGGCAGUCAUCACCGACCCGCAGCUCAUGGACCGGACCUCCCUCCCUCUUCCGCCCAAAUCACUCGCUCUCGAAUUGGCGCAGUUCUUCACCGACCUGUACAUGCGCAGAGCCUUUCACCAAUCUGUACUUCCUCUCCGGCCCGAUGUUAUUUUCUUCUUAGGUGACUAUUUCGAUGGCGGUCCUUAUCUUUCGGAUGAAGAGUGGAGCGAAUCGUUGAGCCGUCUCAGACAUAUUUUUUCGCUGAGGUUGCGAGAUAGAUAUUUAAAUAUCCCAGUUUACUAUCUUCCUGGAAAUCAUGACAUUGGCUAUGGAAGUCUCCACUCUCGCAAGGCACAGGCAAUUAGACGAUAUGAAAAGGAAUUUGGUAGCAGAAACUAUCGAUUUACAGUUGGAAAAGUGGAGUUCAUUGCCAUUGAUGCUCAAACUAUUGAUGGAAAUCCUCAAGGAGUUCUUGCUUCCUCUACUCGUGAUUUUAUCAAGAAUGUCUCCAUGGAUGUUCAAGUGUAUCCAAGGGUUUUGUUGACCCAUAUUCCAUUGUAUCGACGGGAUUGGACAGAUUGUGGCCCCAACCGUAACUCAGAAAUUAUCAACCAGCGGAUUCUGCGAUCUGCUGGCAGUCAAGAAGUAUUGUAUCAGAAUUACAUUACAGAGGAAUCAUCAAACUACUUAUUGGAUUCAAUCAAACCGGUACUUGUUUUAUCCGGUCAUGAUCAUGAUCAGUGCCAUGUGAUCCAUAAGUCAAAAAAGGGGCCUGUAGGGGAGUACACUGUAGGGACAGUAAGUUGGCAGCAGGGAAACUUGUAUCCGUCUUUCAUGUUAUUGUCUACCAGUAAUUUUGUACCAUCAAAUGCAUCCAGUUCUGAAGAGGCAAUCUUAACUCAUUUGUGCUUUCUUCCUAUGCAAACACACAUUUAUUUAUGGUAUCUCUCGCUAUUUGUUUUUACCCUCGUUUCCCUCCUGCUUUGGCCGUCUAGUGGUGUGAGUGUUUGGCAUCAUUGUAGUGAUUUUAUGGGGAUUGUAAAACAAGUAAUCGGUAACAUCAGAAGUAGAACAAAAGAGAAAAUUGAAGAUCUAAACUGUGAAUAUGAGAUGAUUUGGGAUGCAGAAGGAUCAAUGCAUCUUGUCAAGAAAGCCUUGGGCACUCCUAUGGCACAUUCAAGCGAGAGAAACUCAGUUGAAAGCAGAGGUAAUGCUGUGAUGCGGCCCACAGCUAGAAAGAAUACUUCCCAGGACAUAGAGGCUUCUGUGAAUGGAGACACUGAUGCUGAUUCUGUGGUUGAUCCUAUGGCAAAAUUACUGCCUAGAGCAAGCAGAUCAUUGACAAAGACGAUGAUCCGAAGAUUGGUACGGACACUUCGAAUGGUCAUGAUUAUCGCUGCAGUAAAUAUACCCCUCUAUGUGAUGUUACUUUUCAAGGAUUGGAUUGACCAAUGACAUCAUUUGCACAUAUAUUGCGAUCUGCAUAAACAAAAAAGGAACACCGUGUCAACGUAUAGCUCGCAUAUGGAAGUUCAUCAGGUGAAUCCUAUCGCUUUAAUCUGAAAACAUCCAUGACGGAAUCCCAUGCUUUUGUACUUUGAGUAGCUGCUGAAAGUGUUCCUUUAUUGAUUGAAAGCGAUGUAAACUGGAUCAGUAUCUUAUUUUUCACUAUGUUAUAUAAAGAACCUCAGUCACUUUUAUCAUCA